ACAAACAUGGCUGCCACCAGUAAAGCGACCGUGCUGCUGAAGGCUGUGAAGACAAUAACGGUUCGGUUUUGUCCGUUCGAGUCCAACGUCCGGUCCACAAGGGAGUUUCUGGCCAUGGUGGGCUCAGAGAAGGCCAGGUCUACCAACAUGAACUGUGAGGUGAUAUCCAUGGUGAAACAUGACAUGUCUGAACCAGUGGUGGACGUUACUUAUUCAGAUGGGGAGAGGCUGGUGAUGAAGGGAGCAAAGUUGACCAGCAGGGAAAUGCUGAGUGCGUUUCAGUCACGGUGUUUAGCCAAGGACUCGCAAGCAAAAGCUGCAGCAAAGAAGUGAUGAUCUGUGUGUUGAAUAUACCUGUAUUGGAAUUUAUCUGUAUUUAUCUGUAUACAUUAUUAGAUGUUUAUAAUAAAAGUGUCUCAUGUAAAUGUGGGGAUUCUGGUGUGAGUUGA